AAAAACGCUAAAUAAUUACGCUAUUGAAUAUUACAGACAAUUUUAGGACAUAACUGCACUAUUUGAAGAUUUUCUUUAUUCUUCUUGGUCCAAAAUUACAAAAAAAAAAAAGAAAGAAAAAAAAAAUGGAUGUGGUGACAUUCGGAGUGAUAGUCGGAAUCAUCAUACUCGUCUUCUGCAUCGUCUGCUUUAUCACCAUCGAAGGCACCUGCUGCAACAAGUAACAAACUACCGCCGCUCUUCUCAGUCUCUCCCUCUCUUCUAGAUCAAUCAGAUGUCCUUAGUCACCGAUAAGACUCGCGGUUCCGUUUCUGCUUCUCGUGCUGUUCCUGCCGGAUCUGUGCGUAUACCAUCAUCACGAGGUUGAGAAGGUGAUGAAGUUACCGGAGGAGCUGGCUGAGGAGGAGGAUUUGAGGUUGUGUGGGUUUGGGCCUUGUCUCCAUAACGAUCACGAUCACGAAUCGAAUUCUACCCUCUCUGGAUUUGCACCGUGGGUUAAUGCGUUGGGAUGCUCUCUUUUGGUUAGCUUGGCCUCACUCAUUUGUCUGAUUUUGCUCCCACUUAUGUUCGUUCAAGGGAAGCCUGCAAAAUGGUUUGUUGAUGCCCUGGCUCUCUUUGGGGGAGCUAUGUCGGGGGAUGCUUUUCUUCACCAAUUACCCCAUGCUUUUGGUGGUGGUCACUCUCAUUCGCAUGAUCACCAUGAGAGCCAUGGCCAUCAUGAUCAUUCUCAUUCUGAUUCGCCUUCACAUUCACAUUCUAUACAAGACCUGUCUGUUGGAUUGUCCGUUCUCGCUGGGAUUGUGGACUUCCUUCUUGUGAUAGGUGACGAGGUGCUGACCUGGCAACAACAGAAGAGUGUGAAAAAGAGUGACCUGGCACCUGCAGGGAGAAAAGAAGAUUCAGUUAUGCUUGUAAAGAGCCAGAGAGUCAUAUAGUAUAAAUAGAUGAGUGCUUGUAACAGAAUCUUUAUGCAUCUUGUGGUGAUGUAUCUGGGAGAGUUAGUGACUCUUGAAUAAACCCUAGGAUCUAGAGAUUGGGAGAUUGUAAUCACAGUUAUUGAUCAAUAUAAGCCUCUGUUCUUGUCAA